AUGGAAGACGCCUUUGACAUGUUCUGGCAGGACAUGGAAAACUUGACUGAGAAGGAAGAAAACGGGAAAAGAGAAUAUCGAGUUGAAAAUAAAGCGGGCACUUUAAUGGCAUUUGUGCCCAUGGAAAACGAUAAACUCGACAGCUUACUUCCAUUUCCAAAUGAGGAGUGCAGUUCGGAAACGCUCUCGCCAGAUGUCUCCAAAGAAUUCGACGAAACCUUCCAGUUCAAAAGCGAGACAAUCUUCAAAACGGAGCUUGAAAACGACUUCUCCGCGCAAAACUCACUGGACGAGUCGAUGAUCUGGGAUCAAGGCUCGUCUUCCAACAACCCAACCCUCAACGAACAGUUCCAGCACAGUUACGAUGACUCAUUGCUCGUUUUCGACGACGGUUUAGAAGAACCUUCGCAAGAGAUUUCCUUCAUCAACGCGCCCGUGCAGCAAGUUCCGCAGCAGCAGACGUUCCAGAUGUCGACAUCGUCAGAUAUUUCGAUUCCGUUUGGAGGCGCGGACCAAAUGCUUCAAGAUUCCUUGAAUAGAGUCCACGCGACGCACAACAAGCGAUUCAAGUCAGUGUCCGAUGGAUCUGACGAAUCCCUUGGCUCUCCUCUCGGCUCCGACCUCGACGAUGUCUUCCUCGAUGUCUUGAGCAACGGCACAUCAGAACAGCAAACAUUUAGCCAAAGUGGAAACAUGCAGCCCGGUCCCUCCUAUUCCUUCCCUCCAGAGCCCGACUUUGACAACGAUCUGAAAAAUGGAAAUGUCGUCAAAGGCCAUCUGGUGACGCUGAAAGGAAAAGAUGGAAAAGAAAAAGUUUUUUUCUUGGACCCAAAUCAUCAAUUCCACCCGGUUAUCGGCGCCAAUCUGACUCCAGUAGCAAUAAAGCAAGAGCCGCGAACAGGAACAGACAUCAACGGUACCUCAAUAAGAAUCUACCCAGACGACGAUCGAGUUGUCAGAAACAACGACUACAACAACCAGUCCAUCACAAUCGAUCAAAUCGACAAGCGAAAACGCUCACCGCCCAAUCUUCCGAGAAAUCAUGUCUGUACCUUCCCAGGUUGCGACAAGAGCUACACCAAGAGCAGUCAUUUAAAAGCUCACAUCAGACGACAUACAGGCGAGAAACCAUACGCUUGCAACUGGCCCGGAUGCGAAUGGAAAUUCAGCAGAUCCGACGAAUUGAGCAGACACAGAAGAGCACACGAGGGCAUCAAACCGUACGCUUGUCGAUUUUGCGAAAAGAGAUUUUCGCGAAGCGAUCAUCUAUCGAAACACGAGCGCAUCCACCGCUUCCCCCGCCGACCACGCGCCAAUUCGAACAAUGUGGCCCUUCUUCCUCGAAUGUCCGAGCACGGGGAGCAGUAA